ACAACAACAAAAGUAACAUGGCGAACGCGAUGGAAAGCGUUGGGAGUUGGACUCCAAAACAGGUCGGGUUGUGGCUUAAAGGUUUGGAUGAUGCCAUCCAGCCUUACAUCCAGAGCUUCAUCCUGGCCGGAGUCACAGGAGAACACCUCCUCAACCUGUCACACAGAGACAUGGACAGGUUAAAUAUCACCAAAGUGGGACACCAAGAAAUCAUUCUGGAAGCUGUGGACCUCCUCUGUGCCUUGAAUUUUGGGCUGGAAAACGAGACGCUCCAGUCCUUGACGGUGGCGCUGGGUUUGAACGUAGAAAACCUGGAGAUGGCCAUGACUGUGAGGAACCAACAGAGCAUCCUGGUGGGCCUGGCUGGUCCCAGGGACAACUACAAACUCCCACCAGACAUCCUACGUGCAAUCUGCGACGUUUUAAGUGCUGCAAAGGCUGUAGUGUCCUGGUUAGACAGGACUCCGUUUGUACAUAUGAUGAAUUACAUCGCAAUAAGGAACAGGAUAGUGAGAAUAUGCCUGGGCUUCACCUCCAGUGUACACAAGGACCCUAAUAAAAGAGACACAGAAGAGACAGUUGUGCCAUUGUGUAAGGAACUUGCCAUGUUGAGUCAGAGUCUUCAGCAGUCGGUCAAGGAUGACCCUCAGGUGUGCUCCCCAGCCAGGGUGGACGUCGUCACACUGACCAACGUGGACCACAAGCUGGGGCUGGGGAUGUUUAUCCAGUCAUCAUUCAAUGGGACGCACUAUGUCACAGGCACAAAAGAGGGGUCUCCAGCUUACACCUGCAAGAGAAUACACCCUGGGGAUGAAAUCCUACAGGUCAACUACCAGACAGUGGUUGGCUGGAAACUUCAGAAAUUGGUGGAUGCCCUCAAGGAGGAUCCCCAUGGGGUAGUCAUCACCUUCAAGAAAAGACCAAAAACAUCAAGAUCAUCAGGAACCCCUUCCAGACCCUCGUCUGGCUCCUCGUCCAGGGUAUCCCAGGGUUCCCGGCAUUCCUCGGGGAACCACAUCCGCGGCAGGUCCCUGGAUUCCGCGUCGCCAGCGAACUCUGUAGGACGGGUGCCGCCCUCUCCACUAGUGGAACUCUACCUCCCCCCUCCUCCACCAGAGCCAUAUAAACCUAGGAUUCCAUUUCCUGCAAAUGUUUCACAUGACCAAACGGAAACAUCUGCACAGCCUAGCAGAUAUCAGAGCAUAGAUGUACAGCCCCGGGAGGAUGUAGUCCAGAGGUCACCUGUUUCCUUUCCCCGACCAGCACGUUCCCACAGCCUACAUGUGCCCAUCUAUGGCCCACAGUGGGACGAAGAAGAAGAAGAGACACCGCUCGAGGAAUCGUUACCAGCGUACAUGCCCCGCGGCGGGCACCGUCGCUCCAAACGCGAGGCCGCCCAACCCUUGGUGUCCACCAAGCCUACAGUCAGGGACACCAGACGGAGCUCACAACGUCACAGCCGCAGUAGCAGGCCUACAAACAUGCAAAUGAGAAGCUUUAGCCCGCAACGUGAUGAGGACAGGCUCCUCCUGGUGUCUGCGGAAGUCCUUCCUGUCCCAGACGAAGCCAGUACAGAAGCAAGCUCACCUCAAGUUGUGAAGGACAGACCAGAGAGAUUCUCUCCGUCUAGACAAGAACCAGUGCCCAGCAAACCUAGUCCUUUGCAACAGAGACGUCUGAAGAAGGACAGUGGACUUAGUUCAGGCAACAUGGCGGAAAUGCAGACGAGACAAGAACCAGUGCCCAGCAAGUCUAGUCCUCAGCUCCCUGAUGGAAAUCAGAGACGUUUGAAGAAGGAUGGUCGACUUAGUCCAGGCAACAUGGCAGAAUUGGAAAUGAGACAAGAACCAGUGCCCAGCAAACCUAGCCCUUUGCUCUCUGGUGAUGUAAAAUCAAGACGCCAGGAAAAGAAGAGUGAUCUGAGUCAGGGCAAGAUCGCUGAAAUGCAAACGAGACAAGAACCCGUACCCAGUAAACCUAGUCCUUUCCUCUCUGAAGAAAGAGCAAGAGCUCCGGAAAGAAAGAGUGAACUGAGUCCAGGCAAGAUGCCCAAAACGCAGACAAGACAAGAACCACUGCCCAGUAAACCUACUCCCUUGCUCUCUGAUGGAAGGAAGUUGGAAAGAAAGAGUGGACCGAGUCCAGGCAAUGUUCUCGAAAGCAAAAUCAGACCGGAACCAGUGACCAGUAAACCUAGUCCUCUGCUCUCUCAUGGAAAACCCAGACAUUUAGAGCUGAACAGCAGGCCAAGUCCUGGCAAUGUGCCUGAAGAUAUGACGAGACAAGAACCAGGACACAGCAGAUCUAGCCCUUUGCUGUUUCGUGGGAAACCAGGACAUCAGGAGAAGAAGAUUGGCAUUAGUCCAGGCAAAAUGCCUGAAAUGAUGAGACCAGAACAAACAAAAGGGUAG